AUGGGCUCAGGAGGCAGCACAGCCCAUGGACAUCAGCAUGGCUUCAGGCUACAGAACAGGCCAUGGCCUUCAGUGGUAACAUGGACCUUGGAUAUCAAUGCAGACCUUGGCUGCAGUAGAACCCGGGACCGAGACAUGGCCCUUGGUAGCAGCAUAGAUCCAGACGUCACCAUGGCUGCAGGAGGCUGGGAUGCAGAUGGAAGAGGCCCUUGUGUCUGGGACACAUUCACCCAUCAGGGAGGAGAGCGAGUUUUUGAGAACCAGACUGGUGAUGUAGCUUGUGGCAGCUACACUCUGUGGGAAGAAGAUUUGAAAUGUAUCAAACAGCUUGGAUUGACUCAUUACCGCUUCUCUCUUUCCUGGUCACGUCUGUUACCUGAUGGGACGACAGGUUUCAUCAACCAGAAAGGAAUCGACUAUUACAACAAGAUCAUAGAUGAUUUGUUAAGGAAUGGGGUGACGCCCAUAGUGGCCAUCUAUCACUUUGAUUUGCCUCAGGCUUUAGAAGACCAAGGAGGUUGGUUGUCAGAAGGAAUUGUUGAGGCCUUUGACAAAUAUGCUCAGUUUUGCUUCAGGACGUUUGGAGACAGAGUGAAGCAGUGGCUCACCAUAAAUGAGCCUAAUAUUCUUGCUCUUUUGGCCUAUGACAUGGGUAUCUUUGCUCCUGGUGUGCCUCACUUUGGGACUGGGGGUUAUCAAGCGGCUCAUAAUUUGAUUAAGGCUCAUGCCAGAUCCUGGCAUAGCUAUGAUUCUUUAUUCCGGAAAGAACAGAAGGGUUUUGUGUCCCUAUCAUUAUUUUUUUGCUGGUUAGAACCAGCAGAACCCAACUCAGUGCUUGACCAGGAAGCUACUAAGAGAGCCAUCAAUUUCCAGUUGGAUCUCUUUGCAAAACCCAUAUUUAUUGAUGGUGAUUAUCCUGAACUUGUCAAGUCCCAGAUUGCCUCCAUGAGUGAAAAGCAAGGCUAUCCAUCAUCAAGGCUUCCAGAAUUCACAGAAGAAGAGAAGAAAAUGAUCAAAGGCACUGCUGAUUUCUUUGCUGUUCAAUAUUAUACAACUCGCUUAGUCAGGCACCAGGAGAAUAAGAAAGGAGAACUCAGCUUCCUUCAGGAUGUGGAGAUUGAAUUCUUUCCCAAUCCAUCUUGGGAAAAUGUGGGUUGGAUCUACGUGGUGCCAUGGGGAAUACGUAAGCUACUGAAAUACAUUAAGGAUACAUAUAAUAACCCUGUAAUUUACAUCACCGAGAAUGGGUUUCCCCAGUGUGACCCCCCAUCUCUUGAUGACACUCAGCGUUGGGAGUAUUUCAGACAGACAUUUCAGGAACUAUUCAAAGCUAUCCAUGUUGAUGAAGUCAACCUUCAAGUAUACUGUGCAUGGUCGCUUCUGGAUAACUUUGAGUGGAACAAUGGGUACAGCAGAAGAUUUGGCCUCUUCCAUGUUGAUUUUGAAGAUCCUGCUAGACCUCGGGUGCCGUACAGGUCAGCCAAAGAAUAUGCCAAGGUCAUCCGAAACAAUGGCCUGGGAAGCCCUCUGUAAGGAAGGCAACUGGGAAGUGUCCUUUGCAGAAGCCUCUGCUGCUGGCAAGAUUGAGAGCUACUUUGGUGAUAUUGUCUCAGAUAACCUCAAGUUGCCUCUGUUCUCAGUGUUUUGUGAUUAUAAAGCCUGGAUCCUAGGAAUGUAUGCCAUGAGAAUCUCUAUUUGUUAUCUGCAUUUUAUUACAAAGUGUUAUAGAUAGUGAAAUGGAGAGUCACAGAAAUUGAUUUUCAUUAAAAAAAAACUGGAUAUAUUUGGAAACUUCAACUUUAACUCUUAGAAAAAUUUUCUGAAAAAAGAAUGGUAAGUUUAUGAAGAUAAUGCACUGUUGACUUGUGGCUCUAACAGCAGAAUUAUUCCUAUAAGGGUAGAUUUGUGCACCUGCUUACUUUGGGUGCAUAGUUAUUUUUGCUUAGGAGAUCUCUGUUAGUGUUUGAUUCAUUAAAAUUUCCAGUAUUUAAUCUAGCACAAAAUAGCAAAACUAAAAGCCACAGUAUACAUUUUGUCCAACAAAAGAACUGAUAAUAUAUUUAAUGAAAUGUAUUUGUUAAUGUGUUUACAAUACAUUUUGUUCAUGAUUUGUUAAAUAUAUAUCUUUCUUUUGUCUAAUGAACUUUGGAAAAUAAUAAAAUGAAU